CAGACCCAACCAAACAGGGAAAAAAAAAGACCGACGACUUGAAAACGACGUAGUUUCAUUCGUUUAGAUAGGAAAAAAAAAAACAGAAAAGGAAAAGCCUUUGGAAAUCCCGACGAGGAGAGGAGAAGAAGGAUCAUGCCGUUCUCCUCCUACAUCGGCAACACCCGCCGUAGCUCCACCACCGGAGUCGGCGGCGGAAGCAACAGCGGAUGGGGUCACUCACUCCUCCCAACAGCCUUAUCAAAGUCAAAACUAGCGAUCAAUCGAAAGCCACGAAAACGAACAGUCGUAAUGAAUUUCUUAUUCGCAAACUUCUUCGUCAUCGCACUCGUCAUCUCACUCCUCUUCUUCUUCCUAACUCUUUUCCACUUCGGCGUACCUGGACCGUUCUCCUCACGUUUCUUAACCUCCAGAUCCAAUCGGAUCGUGAAGCCACGGAAGAAUAUAUAUCGACGGCCUUUAAACGAUUCCAAUUCAGGAGGAGGCGCCGUAGUUGAUAUCACUACUAAAGAUCUGUACGAUAGGAUUGAGUUUCUUGAUGUAGAUGGUGGUCCGUGGAAACAAGGUUGGAGAGUUACGUAUAAAGGCGAUGAGUGGGAUAAAGAGAAGCUUAAAAUCUUUGUUGUGCCUCACUCUCAUAACGAUCCUGGUUGGAAAUUAACUGUGGAAGAGUAUUAUCAGAGACAGUCUAGGCAUAUCCUUGACACCAUUGUUGAGACUUUAUCUAAGGAUUCGAGAAGAAAGUUUAUAUGGGAAGAGAUGUCAUAUCUGGAGAGAUGGUGGAGAGAUGCUUCACCAAAUAAACAGGAAGCUUUGACUAACUUGGUCAAGAAUGGGCAGUUAGAGAUCGUUGGAGGUGGCUGGGUAAUGAAUGAUGAGGCUAAUUCUCAUUAUUUUGCCAUAAUUGAACAGAUCGCAGAGGGUAAUAUGUGGCUGAAUGACACAAUUGGGGUUAUUCCUAAGAAUUCUUGGGCCAUAGAUCCUUUUGGCUAUUCAUCAACCAUGGCUUAUCUCCUCCGCCGUAUGGGUUUUGAGAACAUGCUGAUUCAGAGAACUCAUUACGAGCUUAAGAAAGACCUUGCACUGCAUAAGAAUCUGGAAUAUAUUUGGCGUCAAAGUUGGGAUGCUAUGGAAACAACUGAUAUUUUUGUUCACAUGAUGCCUUUUUAUUCAUACGAUAUCCCACACACUUGUGGACCAGAGCCUGCAGUUUGCUGUCAGUUUGAUUUUGCUCGGAUGCGGGGAUUUAAGUAUGAACUUUGUCCAUGGGGAAAGCACCCAGUGGAGACCACACAAGAAAAUGUGCAGGAGAGGGCAUUAAAGCUUCUGGAUCAAUACAGGAAAAAAUCCUCUCUCUAUCGAACAAAUACACUUCUUAUACCUCUUGGAGAUGAUUUUAGGUACAUUAGUAUUGAUGAAGCCGAAGCUCAGUUUCGUAACUACCAGCUGUUGUUUGAUCACAUCAACUCUAAUCCUAGUCUAAAUGCAGAGGCAAAGUUUGGUACUUUAGAGGAUUAUUUCAGAACAGUCCGAGAAGAAGCUGAUNUGAAUGACACAAUUGGGGUUAUUCCUAAGAAUUCUUGGGCCAUAGAUCCCUUUGGCUAUUCAUCAACCAUGGCUUAUCUCCUCCGCCGAGAGGGCAUUAAAGCUUCUGGAUCAAUACAGGAAAAAAUCCUCUCUCUAUCGAACAAAUACACUUCUUAUACCUCUUGGAGAUGAUUUUAGGUACAUUNGUGUGAGAAAUUCCCAACUAGCUUUUCGUAUAAGCUAACUGCUGCAAGACGAAAUCUAGCUCUUUUCCAGCACCAUGAUGGGGUAACUGGAACUGCUAAGGAUUACGUGGUACAAGAUUAUGGCACACGGAUGCAUACUUCAUUGCAAGACCUUCAGAUCUUUAUGUCUAAGGCAAUAGAAGUUCUUCUUGGGAUCCGUCACGAGAAAGACAAAUCUGAUCAGUCUCCAUCAUUCUUCGAGGCAGAGCAAGUGAGAUCGAAGUAUGAUGCUCGGCCGGUUCACAAGCCAAUUGCUGCGCGGGAAGGAAACUCACACACUGUUAUACUCUUCAAUCCAUCGGAACAGACGAGAGAGGAGGUAGUGACUGUCGUUGUUAACCGUGCUGAAAUCUCUGUUCUGGACUCAAACUGGACUUGUGUCCCUAGCCAAAUUGCUCCUGAAGUGCAACAUGACAAUACCAAACUAUUCACAGGCAGACAUCGCCUUUACUGGAAAGCUUCCAUCCCAGCUCUUGGUCUGAGAACAUAUUACAUUGCUAAUGGGAAUGUUGAAUGUGAGAAAGCUACACAGUCUAAACUUAAAUACGCUUAUGAGUUUGACCCAUUUCCUUGUCCUGCUCCAUAUUCCUGUUCCAAACUGGACAGCGACGUUACUGAGAUCCGAAAUGAACAUCAGACUCUUGUGUUCGAUGUGAAGAAUGGAUUACUGCGGAAGAUAGUCCAUAGAAACGGAUCAGAGACUGUUGUGGGAGAAGAGAUAGGUAUGUACUCGAGUCCAGAAAGUGGAGCUUACUUGUUCAAACCAAAUGGUGAAGCUGAACCAAUUGUUCAACCUGGUGGACAUAUAGUCACCUCUGAGGGUCUGCUGGUUCAAGAAGUCUUCUCUUACCCUAAAACCAGAUAUGAGAAAUCACCCCUCUCGCACAAGACUCGUCUUUACACUGGAGGUAAUACGCUUCAGGAUCUAGUGGUUGAGAUAGAAUAUCAUGUUGAGCUUCUAGGUAAGGAUUUUAAUGACCAGGAAUUGAUUGUCCGGUACAAGACUGAUGUAGACAACAAGAAGGUCUUCUAUUCAGAUCUCAAUGGUUUCCAAAUGAGCAGGAGAGAAACUUAUGAUAAGAUCCCUCUUCAAGGAAACUAUUAUCCGAUGCCAUCUCUUGCAUUUAUCCAAGGAUCAAACGGUCAGAGAUUCUCUGUGCACUCUCGCCAAUCUCUCGGUGUUGCAAGCCUCAAAGAGGGUUGGUUGGAGAUUAUGCUGGACAGACGGUUGGUUCGUGAUGACGGACGUGGUCUCGGACAAGGCGUGAUGGAUAACCGCGCAAUGACCGUGGUUUUUCACCUUCUUGCUGAAUCCAACAUUUCUCAGUCAGACCAUACUUCCAACCCUAACCCUAGGAACCCUUCUCUGCUCUCUCACCUCGUUGGUGCUCACUUGAACUAUCCCAUAAACACAUUCAUUGCCAAGAAACCGCAAGACAUAUCUGUGCGUGGUCCGCAAUACGGUUCCUUUGCUCCUUUAGCCAAACCAUUACCGUGUGACCUCCACAUAGUGAAUUUCAAAGUUCCGCGUCCAUCCAAAUACUCUCAGCAAUCUGAAGAAGACAAGCCAAGGUUCGCUCUUAUCCUCAACAGACGAGCUUGGGACUCAGCUUAUUGCCAUAAAGGAAGAAGAGCAAACUGCACAAGCGUGGCUAAUGAACCGGUUAACUUCUCCGACAUGUUCAAAGAUCUUGCGGCUACAAAGGUAAAACCAACUUCAUUGAAUCUCUUGCAAGAAGACAUGGAGAUACUAGGGUACGACGAUCAAGAGCCAUCCCGAGAUGGUUCAUCGCCAAGGGAAGGACGUGUCUCGAUCUCUCCCAUGGAAAUACGAGCUUACAAGCUUGAGCUACGACCUCACAAGUGAAAAACACACACACCUUACAGCUGAUCGUGGACUAUUGGCUGGUAUGGCCUCACAAGAUCGUUUGACUAAGAGGCUGAAAGCUCAGAAAUCGGCUUCUUGUUCAAAAAAGCUUUGCCGGGAACGUUAACUGUCAAAAGAGUGUAGACGCAGGAGCUUCUGUGUGUUCAUGUAGAACUACUUAGCUCUUUUUUUUGUUUUUGUUUUGAGACAAGCGAUAUUAUUAAUUAGUUUUUACGAUUUUGACUGGGAUUAAUAUGUUAUGUGUGUAUAUGUAUAAACCAUAGUAUUAUACACAGUUGGAUUGUUCCAUUUUUUGCUCAUUGAAAACUCUCA